GCCUAAGAUGCAGGCGGCGGGUGUGGCAGCGUCGCUGUUAGCGCUGCUUGCAGCAAACGGCACCUCGCUGCUCGACUGGGUCUGCGACUACAUCUUCCAAGUCACCGGGCCGCCCGGGAGCAGCUACGGCGAAAAGAAGUUGUGGUGGACCUACUGUCAGUAUCCCCGAAGCUAUGACGUGUACGUGACGUGCGACAACCUGGCGCCGCCGUCUGCUGCGGUGUCGGCGGUGGCGCGCCUGAUACCGACCACCAGCAGCAGCAGCCGCUGGCCACCCGCAUGGGGGGAGGGGUGCGGCGGCGCUGUGGAGGCGGUCCGCGACCUCGCCAGAGCCACGCCAGACGAGCUGCACUCCUGGGACCUGUGCUCCCUCAUCGCUAAGCACUGCAUCCACUCCUCCUGUGUCCGGGGAAAUCUGAUCACUAGUAAGUCGUCGUCUUUUUGUCCAGAACUCCAGGCCAAGGUGGCGGUCUACCUGGAACGCCUCUCCAGCUACUGGCGAGACUCGGCGCAGCUGCUCUCUCUCAGUGUGGACGACGUCUCAUGGCUGUUGGUCCCCCUCGCCUUCGAGCACAUGGGAAAUCACACGAAUGAAGAGCGGCUCCAUGUAUGGAUUAAGGACAUGGAACGCGUGAGAGAUAUGCUGCACACGAAGUUAAAGGGUUGGGUGCGCGAUGUGAGGACGCUCAGCGAGCAGAUACCGUACUACAAGGUGGAAGAAGACAAGAAGAAGCCUGGGAAGUAUAUACUUAGGCGCCCCGUAUUGAAUGAAGACCUUCUCUCCUUCCACCAGGAGCACCCGUCAUUUCGUGGCAGCUUCGGUGCGCUAUGCGAGGAGCGACACCCAGGGGCAUUACAAAUGUUCAGUCUUGCCGACGCACUGCACUCCCUCUAUCAUUACAACCUGUUCUACGAGAUACAUCCUGUAGGUGUCGAUCGCUUUAUAGAUGAGGAGUGGCAGCUGGAGGACAGAAGCAAUGCUACCCUCUCCGUGGACACUGGCUGCAUGCAGCUGUUGGCGAACGCUCUGGACCACCCCACGUGUCCACUGGAAGACCUGCCACCAGAAACCAUCAGGCAGCGCGAGCAGUGCCGUAUACAGCUGUGGGAAGACAUGGUGCAGCGGUCGCCCCACAUACCCGUCACCAGUUACCUGGCCUACACGCAGAGGGCGAACGUCAACCUUUGCCUCUUGGCCUGGAUGACAGUCAACUCUUUCAGCAUUUGUCAGGACGUCCCCUUUAGUAUGAUGCAGUCCGUACAUGAUGCUCGCUGCUAUUUCGAUAGUCCUCACGACCAGUCGUGUCUGGAAACGAAUGCUACAGAUGCCAUCUGCUCUGUUUCCAGAGCUAUUCUGUUGGUGAAGUGUCGUGAUUUUUCCUUCUAUAAUAGGCUCGAGGUAUGUAGCGUCCAUCUUUAUACAAAUGGAUCAAACUCAACAACGGACAAGUUAUCAGGGCUAGAUGGGUACGCAAGGGCAACAGAAAGAAGACUGAACUACAAAGAUAGUCUAAGCAGUGCCACCUUGAAAUACAAGGAUUUUAAAAUUGACAUCUUAAAACCUUUAGAAAUCUCGUUUAUAGCCGUGAAUAUUAUUUUCCGCUUUCUGACUGCUGGAGUGUACAUAUACCUUCCCCAGUUACGUAAUUUGCCUGGAAUGAUAUUCCUGUCCUUCCAGAUUACAGGCAUAAUCCAGAUCCUGUGUUCUGAGGUCUUGUAUCGUAUAGCUGGCGUCCCGGACUUGUCUAUGGCAGUGCUGGUCGACAGCGCCCUCGCGCUCCUCGGCUGUAUCUGGCUAAACUCAUUCUGCUACCAAAUGCACGCAUGCGUUCGCCAUCUGAGGCUUCCUAACGACCAUCUACCUGCUGAAGCGAGAAAAGUAUUAUGCCGUCAGGUGUUGUAUGCACUAAUAGCAUGGAGUACAUUAUGUGCAGCAAGCUUUGGAAAAGACGAGCAGAUAUCACCUGAUCCAUAGUCGGAUAAUAUUCCUGGCGGGUAUUUCCCUGUCGAUAGGUUUCAAUUUGAUCUGUCUUGGACUACUAGGAUACAUGUACCUACGUACUAAGAUAUCCUUGACUGAACUCCAAAUUUAUAGUAACGACAAAUUUGGCUCAAAGAGACAACUUCUUUACGUAUCAGUUAAGACUACCAUCUUAAGUGGGAUAUGCAUACUUAUUAGAAUUGGGUUCCACCAGGCUGAAGGUAUAGCACAGUUCGUAUAUUACGUGCAUAUUGCUACCAUGGUUCAGGGACCACUGCUGUUCGUUUUCUUCAUUUGUAACGAAGCAACACUCCCUCUUCUCAAGAACAGACUACUGGCUUGUUGGAACCCACACAUCAUCAGUCUGGAGCAAGAACUGUGUUCAACAGCUGAGAGAAAUCUGGCUCGGAGGGAAAACAAACUGUCUGUGACUGCAGAAUCCUCUUUGUAAAAUGUCCAAUAGUAUUCUUCUCAAAGGGCUGUCUUCAUCGUAGACCAUACUAAAGCCAGCGAUCAGUCGUAAGAAUUGUAUCCAGCUGGUGUGACAAAACUAAUUGUGCCUGAUAGCGUACAACCCGUGCCUCCGAUUUCUAAUUGGUUCUUUGUACAUAAUUGCAUGCUUAUUUAUACAUGUUAGACUCAUUUUACGUAUUUUAAUGCACUGAGAGCAAGUAAUUAAUUACUAUAAUUGAUUAUGCGUGAAGAAAGUUUUUCUCCUGCGUCUUCUACUUCGAUAUUUUUAUAAGAACAUUUUAUAAUACUUAACAUAGGUCAAAGGCGAAAAUAAUGAUGUAACUUCCUAUAUACGGUAAAUUAUUUUAACCAUCGUUCUCUAAUGCAAAGCCAACCGAAUGAACUCUUACAAGGCGUUUCCAGGAAUCUUUGUUCUUUCGCUGAUUCAUACGAAGCUUUUAAAAGACGUCUGCAUUUAUCUUAUAUUGAAAACUGCAUAAUCGUUCAGUACAUAAUUAACUGCGCUGUUAUACCUCGUCCUGCGUCUCGCUGCAUGUGGAAUGGCACGAGUUUUCAUGUUCGACUAGUACAAGCUGCCACUGUUUUCUGAAACUUUUACGUGACUUUCACUUCUGGUACUUCAUGUACCUGAAAAUUAUCAUAUUGUACCACAUUUAACUAUAUUUUGAGACAGAUUUUUUUAUCAU